AUGGGGGAUCGAUCUCAGUCAUCUGAACGCCCGGCAUUACCAGACCCAGCGACACCGAAGCCUUCGUUACCACCCGGUAUGGUGCUUGGUCCGGACGGAAAACCUUGCAAAAUAUGUACGGCGUUUCGUAAUUGGAGGCCCGCCGCUUCGGCCACUACCAAAAAUGCAACCCUGCCCCCACACUGUCCGCCGGAUGUCGAAGCCCUUGGACGUGCCACGUGGUCAUUUUUGCAUGCGACUGCAGCAUAUUACCCAGUACGGCCCACUACCCACCAGCGUGCAAAUAUGCUAAAUCUCAUUCACGCGCUACCCGCCCUGUAUCCAUGCACACACUGCGCCGCGGACUUUGGCGACAAAAUGAAGGAGCAUCCCCCAGACGUGAGCAGUCGGGAGAGGUUGAGCAAGUGGUUUUGUGAGCGUCAUAAUGAGGUGAACGAGAAGCUGGGCAAGGAAAUGUUUGAUUGCGCAAAGGUUGAUGAGAGAUGGAAGGAUGGUCCACCCGACGGCAGCUGUGACUAG